AUGGCCGUGGUGCGGUGGCAAUGGUGGCGGUGGGCCUACUGUGCGACGGCGGUGAUCCUGGCGGUGGCGGCAGAGCCGGGGGAGGGGGUAGUCGGCAUGAACUGGGGGACGAUGAUGUCCCACCCGAUGCUGCCCGCGGACGUGGUGAAGAUGCUCAAGGCCAACGGGAUCAAGAAGGUGAAGCUCUUCGACGCCGACGAGUGGACGGUGAGCUCCCUCGCCGGCACCGGCAUCGAGGUCAUGCUCGCCAUCCCCAACGACCAGCUCUCCCGCAUGGGCGACAUCGACCACGCCAGGGACUGGGUCAAGCACAAUGUUUCCCGCUACCUCUCCCCCGGCGGUGUCAACAUCAAGUAACCCCAAACGACCCACAAAGCUCUCCCCUUUCCUCCUCCGACGGCGACCACUGGCGGCGCCGCCAUCGCCGAGUUUUCAGGGUUUUUCUCCUCCGACUUCAGGUACGUGGCGGUGGGGAACGAGCCGUUCCUGAAGAGCUACAACGGGUCGUACCUGAAGACGACGGUGCCGGCGCUGAAGAACGUGCAGAAGGCGCUGGACGAGGAAGGGAAGGGGGUCAAGGCCACCGUCCCCCUCAACGCCGACGUCUACGACUCGCCGGCCGACAACCCCGUGCCGUCGGCGGGGAGCUUCCGCGCCGACAUCCGCCACCUCAUGCAGCAGAUCGUCGACUUCCUCCACGCCAGCGGCGCGCCAUUCCUGGUCAACAUCUACCCCUUCCUCAGCCUCUACGCGAACCAGAACUUCCCCUUCGACUUCGCCUUCUUCGGCGCCGGCGGCCGCUCCAUCGCCGACAAGGGCCUGCAGUACAGCAACGUGUUCGACGCCAACUUCGACACCCUGCUCUGGUCGUUGAAGAAGGCCGGCGCCGGCGACCUGAAGGUGAUCGUCGGCGAGGUGGGUUGGCCCACCGACGGCGACAAGAGCGCCAGCCCGGCGUUGGCGGAGCGGUUCUACGGCGGGUUGGUGAAGAAGCUGGCGGCGGAGGAGGGGACCCCGCUGCGGCCGGGGAAGAUGGAGGUGUACAUUUUCAGCCUCAUCGACGAGGACCUGAAAAGCAUUGCUCCGGGAGGGUUUGAGCGGCACUGGGGGAUCCUCCGCUACGACGGCAAGCCCAAGUUCAGGCUGGACCUCGCCGGAAAGGGUGGCGGCACCGCCAGGUGGGUCGCCGGAGUGGCGGGGGUGCAGUACCUGCCGGCGCAGUGGUGCGUGUUCGACAAGGCAGCGAAGAAGGAGGACCUGCCGCUGCUGGAGGGGAACGUGGACUACGCGUGCUCGCAUGGGGACUGCACCUCGCUGGGGUACGGCUCCUCCUGCGGAGCACUGGACGCCGCCGGGAAUGUCUCCUACGCCUUCAACAUGUACUUCCAGAUGCAGGACCAGGACAUCCGGGCCUGCGACUUCCAGGGCCUUGCCAAGAUCACCGACAAGAACGCCUCCCGCGGGACCUGCCUCUUCCCCAUCCAGAUCGUCAGCGCCGCCGCCGCCGGCGGGGCCGCCCUCUUCUCCGCCCUCCUCUCCGCCGCCGCCGCUGUCCUGGCUCUGCUCUGA